AGCCACCGUGGAAAGCCCGGAUGAGGCCCUCUGAUUGGGCGUGGCGUUUCAGUGACGUCACUCUUACUAUAUUAAAAGGGCUCCGGCUCGCUGCCCCCGCCGGAACGUCUAGCCCUGUUACCAGCCUGAGUGUGUGUCGUCUGGAAAGCACCGCCCGUCUCAAUCCGCUCUCGAUCUAACUACACUCUCGUCGAAAACAAGGAUGGAAGUCCAAAAAGAAGCCCAGCGCAUCAUGACCCUGUCGGUUUGGAAGAUGUACCACUCUCGCAUGCAGCGAGGUGGCUUGCGCCUCCACCGGAGUCUGCAGCUGUCGCUCGUUAUGCGCAGCGCUCGCGAGCUCUACCUCUCAGCCAAGGUAGAAGCCCACCAGCCCGAGUUCCCGCCACCCCGCAGGGCCCUGGACCCUCGCCUGCACCCGCCGCGGGAAGCCGAAGCUGCGGUGGAAGCCGCGUCCCCCGACGCCGAGCAGCCUCCGGAGCCCAUGGAUACGCAGGAGGAAGCGCUGCGAGUCCAGGAGACUCCCGCGCUCUGCCACCCGCCCCCCGCUAGGGUCAGCCGCAAGCGCCGGAGCAGCAGCGACUUGAGCGACGGCAGUGAUGCCGGACUGGUCCCGAGCAAGAAGGCCCGUCUGGAAGGAGGGGACGGGGAGGCGACGUCGGAGGUUCCCGAUCGCCUGCAGCUUCCUCCGGCACAAAGCGAAGGCGCCUUCCCUAACCUCGCCCGCGUCCUCCAAAGGCGCUUCUCCAGUCUCCUGAACUGUGGACCCGCCGCCGUGCCCCCGCCGACGCCCCCAACGUGCGAGGCCAAGCCAGCCUGCCGCCCGGCCGACAACAUGCUCAGCGUGCUGGUGCGAGCCGUGGUGGCCUUCUGAGGAUUACGGGCGGCGCCAUCGGAGCCGAGAACGCACCCCCGAGGCGAAGGCCGGCGGGGGCCCGUGAAGAAGAGCGGCGCGCGGCCCGAGUUGCCGACAGGCCAGGGAGAGAACUGAGGAGCUAGGGGCGCGGGCGCCUUCUCCCAGACGUGCGUCCAUGGGUGCUAUUUAAGGACUGUCCCUUCCCCGGCUUGGAGAAGGGACGCCCGGGUCUUGAAUCUCAGGGUCGGACUCUAGGGGCCAGGCUGCCCAUUCAAGGCCGUUUCCCUACCAUUCGCGUUUCGGCCCCUACAAGUGGGCACGCUUGUGCAAGCGGUCAGAGUUGCGUCACGGGACUGACGCGGGUGCUUCCUGUUGCCUUGCGUGGGUGUGGGGCCUGGGAGGAGGCCAGGGUGUGGACCCGCCCUAGGGACUGGGAAGUGACUUGAGUCACCUCGCCCCCACAGGCUGCUGUGGGUGAGCCAGCCUUCGGCUGAGAACUUGAACUGAACCAAUCAAAUCUUUUCUGCGAUCCGUGUUGAAGCGGCUGGAGACCCCGGGACUGGUCACCUGGCGAGGAUCACCGCGGGAAGGGUGGUUGAUUGGUCGCAGUUGCUGUCGUAGACACGGCCUCUUCGGGCAGGAAAGAAAAAAAAAAUUUUCUUUACCAGCGUGUUUAAGAAAGUCUGUUUACUUUCCCCACGGUGGGUUGUGUUUAAUUCCCAACUACCUGGAGUUUUACAGCGUCAGCUAGGAAAAUAAAAGACCAUCGGUGUAAAACGCA